UGUUGUGGUUUUCUGUUGAAUGGAAUUUUAUAAUUUAUUUGUGGACAUUUCGAUAUUACAAAGGUUUUAUUUCCUAGAAAUAUGCUAUCCCACUGUGUAGUAACCAGAAAAUGAUAACAUUUGGCGGAGCGAAUACUUCGACGGCACUAGAGGAAUCUGGUGACGUUCGGAGUAUUUGCGAGAGUGUCUGCAGCGAUGGCUCCAAUGCAACAGUGCAGGCUGGGGCUUCUAACCAGAGGCCCCGUAUGGAUAUCGCAUGUGUUUUGGACAUAAACCAAACAUUAAAUUUGGCUCAUAGAAAAAGAGCACUUGAGGAGGUUCGAUUGGCUUCCGAGCUUGUUAAUGCUAAUUUACACCAUAUUCAUUUUGAAAAACUAGACUUCGGCGAAACCAGUGUAUUGGACACAUUCUACAAUGCGGAUGUGGCCCUAGUAGAUCUCAGCGUGCAAGUACAACAGAGCUCUCUGCUCUACCACCUUGGAGUUAGAGAGAGCUUUGAUAUGAAGGAAAAUGUACUGCUUUAUAAUGAUGUUGAUCCAGAUGCUACACUUAGACUCAAGAUAUCGCUACCAAACUUCCUAUUCGUGUCAUACAAACUAACUGACGCGAGCACAUGUGUUACAACCAAUCCGGCUGCAGCUAAAUUCAAGGGCGAGGAAGCUCCAGACCCUAAACAGCAUCUCACUCUGAGGCUCAGGAAUAUAUUGCAAGAUGUUGAGGUACAGACCAAAGCCCAUCUCCAAGAGAAGUUCCUAUCGGACCUCCGCAAAGCCCGCGAGACCUACAGCGGUACUGAACUGGCGAACGUCCUACACGCUAUGCGUCGCCGCCUCGACGAUCCAGCCGUCCUAUCCGGGGAUACGAUACUCAACCUGCUCAUAUCAUACAGGGAAAUCCAGGAUUACGACGCGAUUGUACAAAUAGUGGAUGAUCUUAAAACCAUUAUGAAUAGAAAGAACUACGUCAAUAUGCCAAUCAUAAGGUUUAUGUACGCUUUUGCUAUGAACAGGAGAAACAAAGAAGGCGACAGGGAAAACGCUUUAAAAGUAUGCGUCAAGGCUCUGGAGAAGAAAGAAAAUAGGUUUCCCGAUAUGUUAUGUCUUUGCGGUCGAAUAUACAAGGAUAAGUUUGUAGAAUCUCAGCACACGGACGUGGAAAGUUUGACCAACGCUAUUCAUUGGUACAGACAAGGCUUUGAAGUACAACCAAAUGAAUAUGCGGGUAUUAAUUUAGCGACAUUGUUAGUCAUAGCCGGGAAUGACUUCAAGAAUUCUCAAGAGCUACAACAUAUAGGCCGGAUACUAAACCAUUUGAUAGGAAAAAAGGGCAGCCUGUCUUCACUGAAGGAUUAUUGGGAUGUGGCAACGUUCUUCGAAAUCUCGGUUCUAGCGCAAGAUUACGUGAAGGCUAUCCAGGCGGCCGAAUGUAUGUUCAAAUUGAAACCGCCCAAUUGGUAUCUGAAGUCAACUAUAGGGAAUAUAGAGCUUAUUGACAGGUUUAGGAAGAAGAGUGAAGAAACAUCGCCAGAGCAGCAAGUAUUCUCUUUCUGGAUGGAGUUUUUCGUAGAGGCAACUAAGAGCACAUGUGAAAAUGUAAUUCGGUUUCCUGUAGUUAUUUUAGAAACUACAAAAGUUUACAUGCCCUCGUACGUCAACGUGCACAUGGGCGCAGAGCAAAAAUCCGUGGAAAUAUUUAACUUGUGCCUGGAUUCAAUGCGUGGUGAUUGUAGACAAGUUCAUCGAUGGCUUUUCACGUCUGACAUGAUACGAACCUAUAGUUUGUACAAACGUGACGAACGUUGCCUAUUCCUAUAUGUCAGCGAGAACUCCGAUGACUUCCAAAUUUUCCUCCCGUCGCAACAGUUCAGGCAACAUCUGUACGAACAUUUGGGGGAACUUACCGCUGACCAUGAGAAGAUGGCGGAUUUGGAUACAAGCGUUAUGCAAGAUCAGUUAAAGUUCGAAUACGAGUUAGAUGACUGUAACAAACGGAUCAUCCUUGGCAAGGGUACAUACGGAGUGGUAUAUGCGGCGCGUGACCUCAACACGCAAGUCAGGAUCGCUGUGAAGGAAAUACCAGAGAAAAAUCUAGGCGAUGUUCAACCAUUACAUGAAGAAAUCCUGCUGCAUUCACAGUUGAGGCAUCGGAAUAUUGUACAGUACCUCGGUUCAAUAUCCGAAAACAAUUACUUCAAAAUCUUCAUGGAACAAGUUCCCGGAGGGUCCCUAUCUGCUCUUUUAAGGUCAAAGUGGGGUCCGCUCAAAGAAAAUGAAGCGACAAUCGCUUAUUAUACCAAGCAAAUUUUAGAAGGUCUUAAAUACCUUCACGAUCAAAAAAUCGUACAUCGUGAUAUCAAAGGCGACAACGUACUCGUGAAUACGUAUAGCGGAGUUGUAAAGAUAUCGGAUUUCGGUACUUCGAAACGGCUUGCGGGUUUAUGUCCAUCAACCGAGACCUUUGCUGGCACACUGCAGUAUAUGGCACCGGAGGUCAUUGAUAAAGGACAACGUGGUUAUGGAGCUCCGGCUGACAUUUGGUCUUUGGGUUGUACGGUGGUGGAAAUGGCUACAGGCAACCCGCCUUUCAUGGAAUUAGGAUCACCUCAAGCCGCUUUAUUCAAGGUUGGAUAUUACAAAAUGCACCCGGAGAUACCUAGCGAACUGUCGCAGAAAGCGAAAAUGUUCAUACUUCGAUGCUUCGUUGCUGAUCCGGAAAAACGGGCCACUGCGUCUGAGUUACUCGAAGAUCUAUUUUUGUGCGAAAAGAAAAAGUCGAGCAGUCGCCUUGGCAACAGUGUAGACUACAGUCGCAGUAUAUCAGUACCUGCCGAUAAAGCACGAGCAUUGGUCGCUCAAAAGAAAAUAUCCGAGCCGAGUCUCCCGGGAAUCGUUCCCAGUUCUCCGGACAUCGACACGAUGCCGAAUACGCCGUCAACCGAUGAAAUGGACAGCAAUGACACUAUUCUGAAUAGGAGAAGUUCAUCUGGUGGACUACUUUCACCUGAGGUGGAUAUGCCAAAUGUGCCCCGGUCAUCAAUAGACACAGAACACGAUGGAUUUUAUCUCUUGAAGAAAGACUCGCAGCGCCGUUUCACUCUCUCCCGAGUGCUAGAGCAGGAUAGCGAAAAGAUAUGUUCGAAAUGGAUGUUGAGUAUCCAACAGGACUUCGGCACCACAGUUUUAACUAUGAACCAUUUGGAGACGUUACGACGUGCGCUGAAGGAAUACAUCACUGACCAAAACAGAGGCGUGAUCGAGCGAGCUAUAAUUGCGCUGAAGGAGGAACUAGACUUUGACACAAAUGCGAUAAAUGAGUUGCAUUCGGCUAUUUAUAUGUUCCAAGAGGCCGUGAAUGUAGUACUGAGGAUGCACAGUAUCAAACCGCAUUGGAUGUUCGCUUUGGACAAUUUAGUUAGGAAUGCUGUUCAGGCUGCCAUAACAGUAUUGUCGCCAGAGUUGGGAGCGAAUUUAGCUGGACAAGAAGCGGAAAGACGCGGCGGUGCAGCCGAUGUAUCUCCUUCAGCACUUUCGACCGCUACAUCCACGAGGGAAAGAGAUCCAUUGCAGUUACACCAGUUGAGACAAGACAACCAUAAACUUCAACAAGAACUUAUCGAGAGUUAUCAACAGUAUCAGGCUUUGCUCAAAGUUAUGUUGGAGGAACAAAAGAUGCAAACUCAAAUCCUGAAAGAAAUCGUCGAUAAAUCUUCCAACUCCAGAAGCUAUGCAACCAGCGCAGAGACAAUUGAAGAUUAUGAUCGCGAGCAAUUGGAUUCUUUUCGUGAGUGGCUGUCACCGCGGGGAGUCCCCGAAGAAGCGGCUAUAGCUUUAGUAUGUCAGAGCUACACGUUACCUGACCUAUUGCAACAUGUUCAGAGAGAGGAUAUUGCAAGGCUCAAUCUCAAGGGCGGUAUCGAACUUCGCCUAUGGCGUGCAAUAGUCGACCAUCGUAUGCAGAACAACUCAAAUCACCUGCGACGGACAAGCAGUACAGAAACCGACAUGGACACAAACUCCAUCGUCGUCGUCGAAUGUCAGAAAUGCAAAACCUCCAGAACCCUCUCGAACAACUCCUCCUGUUCGAAUAACCCUACAAUAGUGAUCAGGGAUCAACAGGUUAACGGUGAUGAUACAGUGGGUGAGUAUUACACGGAGAACGGGGUCGUUAACCUUUGACUAUUGCGUGGGUGGUGCACUCUGCAGUGAUCUGUAGUCGGCGACUUCUGCGGUUUUCGCUUUAAAUUGGGCUGGUAUUCCACUGACAUGAACUGAAAAAAUAUAUACGUAUUGAACGAUCACAUUCUUAAUUAUGGUCACAUUCAAUUGAGGUUGGAUAUUUUUGUUAACAAACUAGAUUGGUAUAGCCGCCUAAAAAUCAUAUACCAAGUCUCUAGAACUCAAGAAACAAAAUUUAUUUCCUACUUCCACGGACGCUACAUGCUGGAUUGCAAUGAUUUAUCUGUCAAUAAUCUGGUAUCAAAAACAUGUGUAAAUCUGUAAAUUGUUUUUUUUUGUCAUAUUUCAUAUCGUGUAACUUUAACGGAAUGGAAUAAAAAUAACUUACAUUUUGUAUGCGACUAGUGUGCAGCGUUUAUCGGCCUAAAAGUCAAUUAUGGUUAAUAAUAAAAA